AUGAGACAACAUAUUCAUUUAAUUAACAAUUUGGAUAUACCUAGAAACAAUAAAGAUAAAUUUGUUAAGGUACGUUCUAUUUUUGACACUUUAAAUAUUCGCUUUCAACAAUUACCAGUUGAACGAAACCUGAUUGUAGAUGAACAAAUUGUACCAUUUAAAGGUAAACUUUCAGUAAAGCAAUACAUGAAAGGAAAACCAAAUCCUUGGGGGAUAAAAAUAUUUUUACUUUGCGGAGAAAGUGGAAUCGUUUACAACAUGAUUUUAUAUCAGGGCAUGUCAACUAAUAUAAAUGAAGAGCUCCAGAAAAAUUUUGGUUUGGACGGAGCUAUAGUAGUUUGCCUAACUCAAAAUAUUAGUGAAAAUCGACACUAUUUAUAUUUUGAUAACUUUUUUUCGUAUUAUAACCUUUUUUAUGCGUUACUACAAAAAAAAAUUUAUGCUGCCGGUACUGUAAGAUUGAACCGAUUUUUCAAACCACCUAUGAUGCCCGAUAAACAAAUUUCAAAUUUAGGAAGAGGUACCUCAUUUGAAAUCACGUCAAAAUUAGGAAUAAGUUUGCUAAAAUGGUAUGACAAUAAACCAAUAAAUAUGGGAUCGAACUUCAUAACAUCAGGCGAACCGGAAUACGUCAAACGGUGGGAUAAAAAAAAUAAAGAAUUUGUGCAUAUAGAAAGACCCGAAGUAAUAAAAUUAUAUAACAAAUCAAUGGGGGGUAUUGACAAGCAUGAUCAACUAGUCAGCUACUACAGAAUGCAUAUAAAAUCAAAGAAGUGGACACUUCGAAUGAUUUUUCAUGCAUUCGAUAUGGCGGUGGCAAAUUGUUGGCUGGAAUAUAUAAAUGAUUCAAAUGCAUUGAAGAUUCCUAAAAACAGACAACUAGCUUUAUUGGAUUUUAAAAGCAGUCUUGCCGAAGAACUUAUUCUUGUUGGCCGACCUACCCCACCAAGAAAACGCGGCCGACCAUCAUCAGUAUCGCCUAGUGUUUCAAAUGUUGACAUAUAUGAUAUAUCGCCCAAAUGCGCCAAGUCUUUGGAGUUUAGACCUUUGCUAGCUGUCAGCCAAGACCAGACAUCACACUACCCAAAAUAUGAUGGAAAGAAAGAGGCGACCCGUUGCAAAGAGAACAAAUGCACAGAGACUGAAACAUGA